AUGAGGUUAUCAAUUCGAAUUGGUUUGGCUGCUGUGCUGAUCAUCUUCGCGCUUGUCUUGUUCAACCGUAAUAUCCACUCGAGCGACCGCUCCCCCGUUGCAUCAUUCUGGCGUUUCGACACCACUUCCUUCCAGUCUGCUCUACGCCCUGAAAAACACCUAUUUUCUGGACGCCGGAAAUGGGGUACAGGCACAAACCAGGUCGGUCUCAAUAAUUUCAAGACCACCGAGAUCGAAGUGCCGAGUGAGGGUGUCAUUGUCAUGGCCAAGUUGAAGGCCGAGAACACAGCCUGGGUAUCUGGUGAAUUAGCAGAAUGGCGCAAUUACAUCUACACCGUAGACGACACCUCCGUCCAAACGCACACCCCAAAGAACAAGGAAAUUGUCCUCUUCCUUCACAGCCACCGCGACGGCUGGCCCGCCGCCUGGCACACUGACACGAUGGAGUACAACAACGUGGAUUCCGUGCGGGCGCUGCGCCGCGAAUACGUCCUGCAAGAGGGAUUCGUCAACCUACGCUGCCAGAUGUCACCCGGCUGCCCGGCAGAAAUGCAGCCAUUCCGAUCACCGCCGCAGCCAGGCGACACGGGCGAGAAGCACUACGCCGAGGCGUGGAAGGAGCUUUUCGGUAACAAGGACGUUCCAAAGGUCAUCGGCGCUCCAUGCUGCUCUCAAUUCGCUGUGUCGCGCGAACAGAUUCUUCAACGGCCAUUGAGCGAUUAUCAGCGUAUGUAUAAUUGGGUGUUGCAGAACGACCUGCCUGAUGAGGUCACCUCCAACAUUAUGGAGUACUCGUGGCAUAUAAUUUUCGGCAAGGAUCCUAUUUUCUGCCCUGAUGUAUUCCAAUGUUAUGCCGACGUAUACGGCGAAGAAGUGAUCGUUUAA